AUGUGUGCGGCAGCCAUCCACAGAUCAACUGCACACUUCAAUGAUUCAACUGCCAAGGCCUCCUCGCAAAGCCACCAUGAGGACGCGGAGCUCCCUGGCCGAAUCCUCGACGCCCUUGCGCCCCAUCUGGGCCCCGCCGGGCUUUGGGCGGCCCUGCCCGUGUGCCGGGCGUGGCGUGAGCUGCUGGGGCCCCAGAUCCGCGCCGCGCGCCUCACGCUGAGAGGCGGCGCCAGCGCCCCCAAGCCGGCAGUCUUGGCGUUCGCCGCCGAAGACGACGGCCCUCUGGAGGACGUCGUGGCAGCGGCGGCGGCUGAGGCGGGGUCACGGGCACCCACAUGGGACCGGCGCGUCCGCGCCGUGGCGGCGCUGCUGCGGCCGCUGUGCAACCUGCGGCGGCUGCAGCUGUCAACGUCCCACUGGGAGACGGUCAGCGUCGCGCCGCUCGCGUGGCUGACGGACCUCACCAGCCUGGACCUGAGCGACUGCAACCACCAGAGGGCAGACCUACGGGUGCUGGCCAGCGGCCUGCGCCAGCUGGCGGUGCUGAAGCUGUAUCUAAGCUGCCCGCGCAAGCAAGCGGCGCAGCUGUUGGACGGUUCUGGCAGCCUGCGGAGCCUCGACAUUAUGCUGAACGGCGCAGUUGGCGCCCUCGCUGCGCUGACGGGCCUGACCAGCCUUGUUGCGUUUGGGGCCCGCGGUGACGCCUUUGAUGCGUGGGCGCAGGUUUUGGGCUCGUUGAGCGCGCUGCUGGAGCUGCAGAUGCACAUUGACAAAACUCUGCCAGGGGAGCCGCUGUUUGCGGCGAUUGAGGGCCUGCCGCGCCUGCGGGCGCUGCGCCUGGUCUUCUGGGCCAGGUUCAAGCCCAAUGCCUGCGAGGCCACCGUGCCAGCACAAACAGGGGCCCGAGACUCGCGGCCGCGCAGAAGCCGCGCGGCGCACCCAAGGGGUGCCGCGCCGCCCGCCGCCGCCGCUGCCCUGCUUACACGCGAGAUCCUCGACGCCCUCGCGCCCCACCUGGGCCCCGCCGGGGUGUGGGCGGCCCUGCACGUGUGCCGGGCGUGGCGUGAGCUGCUGCGGCCCCAGAUCCGCGCCGCGCGCCUCACGCUGGAAGGCGCCCCCCGAGUGCCCAAGCCGGUGGCUCUGGCGUGCGGCAGUGACGACGACGGCCCACUUGAGGACGUCGCGGCGGCAGCCGCGGGGCCGCAGCGCGAAGCGAUCUGGGACCGCCGCGUCCGUGCCGUCGCAGCACUGCUGCGGCCGCUGUGCAACCUGCGGCGGCUGCAGCUGUCGGCGACGCUCGGGGAAACGGUCAGCGUCGCGCCGCUCGCGUGGCUGACGGCCCUCACCAGCCUCGACCUGAGUAACUGCAACCACCAGAGGGCAGACCUGGGGUUGCUGGCCAGCGCCCUGCGCCAGCUGGCGGUGCUGAAGCUGUACGGAACCUGCUGCGUGCGCGAGCGAACGGUGCAAUUCGCAGACGGGUCUGGCAGCGUGCGCGUCCCCGAUUGCACAGCUCGCUUCGACAUGUGCGCCGCCGUGCCGUACCCGGCUCAGCAGCUGCGCCGCCUGUCUGGCCUCUCCCAGCUGCGGAGCCUCGAUGUGAUGCUGAACGACCACGCCAGAGCGGACACACUGCCGGCCCUGGCCACGCUUACACAGCUGGAGCGCCUGGCCAUGUACGUGUGCGGUGGCCACCAAAGCGGCUCGUGGCGAGAGCCCAACGCGAUUGGCGCCCUGUCAGCGCUGACGGGCCUAACCAGCCUCACCGCGUUUGUGGACCUCAGCAGCACUUUUGAUGCCUGGGCGCGCGUCGUGCGCUCGCUGCGGCAGCUGCGGGAGCUGCAUGUGCAGCUGAGUUUACAUCUGCCUGGGGAGCCGCUAUUUGAGGCAAUCGGGGGCCUGCCGCUCCUGCGGACGCUGCGCCUCGUCCUCUGGCACUGUUGCUGGCCAGAGCUCGCCGUCUCCGAGCAAUCUGCGGACGCCCUCAGGGGGGUCCCUCAUUUCGAGCUGCAUUUCAUUCCCAAGAUUCAGAGGUGCGCCCACAUCGCGGCGCUCAUGCGGCUGCCAAAUUUGAAGCUCAUGACCUGGUGGACUCACGAUCCAGCCCGCAGGUGGCUGUCCACCGCGGGGCCGGGGCCAUGCUGCUGCUGGGACUGCAUGCCAAGGGGCGGCGAGCCGCCAAUAUGA